AUGGGAGAGGAUCCUGCAGCAUGCACAUUUCCAGAUGAACUUCGGGGGACUUGGCACAGUUCCCAUAAGGGGGCUCUGACUUUUAGCAACACAACGAUCUCUGAAUACCCCAUACAAAUGUCUGCAUUGGUUUCCUCUCUCGACUUUGUUUGUCAGGAAAAGAGUGGAUCCGUUUACUUACUUAAGUCUCCCAUUGCAGUCAUUGCAUUUGGUCAGCUGAUAGAUUCCUACCUCUGUCUGGAUAUCCAGAGAAUAUCAGCCACAAAAUACAAAUAUUACAUAGGAACAACGAUGGAGAGUAGCAUCAAUGACUACGUAUACGGAAUAAUGACUCAAUCUACCAUCAGUAUGAGCGACGCCUGUAACAGGGCCACUCCCUAUGAACAGGGCACUUUUAUCACUUUAGUUAAAGACGGUGAAGUAUACACUGGAUCUGCUCAAGCAUCAUGUCCUCCUAACCUUUUGGCAGCGUAUUCAACCGUGACAAUUAAAAACUCAGACGAGUCAACAACUUGCUCUGGAAAUUCAUUUGAUGGAUGCUCCCAAAAACUCACGUUCAAAUUAACAUACGAAGCAUGUGCUUCGGGUUUGACAUUUUCAACAUUAGGUGAUUUUUACUGCCUUCACUCCCAGACAAGCGGGGGAAUCACCUACACCAUCGUAUGGAACAAUGAUACUUCUGUCACCGGAAGUAGUACUUACAGAUCAACCUGUUACGCCUCUCAAACGAUUGGUUCAACGCUGUAUGCAACCGAGUACCCAGGGUUUUGCCAGUAUUCCAACCAAACUAGCACUUAUGUAUUCAACCAAGGAAUAAAAUAUACUAUGACAUCUCAGACAGCUACGUGCGUAAUAACUAAGGAGGGAGGAGGAAGCGGGUUCUACUACUUCCUGAUUGUACUGGGGAUUCUUCUUGUUGCCGCUAUUGCAUUUGUUAUCUUCAUUAUAUACAAAAAAUACAAGAAUAAAAUACGAAUGAUGGAAUUGGAAGUUUACACAGAGGAGACCAAAAGCCGGCCCCAGACAUCAAUGACCAAAGAAAAUGAUGAUCGUGCGCAUGACCAAGUCCCCAAACUUCCUCCAAUAUUUCCAAACAAACCUCUGGUUCAAUCAAACGAACCAGUUCAGACAGAGGAACCAGCUUCAGAACAAACAACUGUGGAACCAAUCUCCUCCGAAAAUACGGAACAAACUGAACUGGCGGAACCAACACCUGAUGAUAAUUAGGAUUAGGACAAUUAAAAAUACGUAGGAUUUAUAAUAGAUCAUCAUUUUACACCAUCAUUAUCAUUAUUUGUCUGAUUCUGUUUUUAAAAGUAUACUAAGUAUUUCUCUUGUAGACUGCUGAGCUA